AAAAAAAAAAGGAAAUGGGGAACGGAAAACGGGAAAACUCUUCCAAAACGCCCCUCCCUCACGAUCAUGAGGGUACAUUUGAUUCUUGACGUCAAAAAAGAUUGGGGAUUCAAUUUCAUGGGGUUUUAAUACUCAAUUCAAUAAUUAAAAUUAUAUGUGUAUACGUGUAUGUAUUGUAUGUAUAUGUGUGUAUACCUUCUCGGAUUUCAGUUUGUUGCUUUCUUGAUUACAAGACAUCUACCCAUCUGCAAUUUCCCAUUGUUUUUCUGAAAUUUUAGUCGGCUUCGUCCAGACCCAAUUCGUCCCAAGAAUCGGAGUUUUCUCGUUUUUGUCUUACUCCAGGAUUCUUAUAUUCAUCAUUCUCUCAUUUUCAAGCUUCCAGUUAACGUUUUUUAUUCAUGAUUGUACGUCCCUUUUAUAAUCUCGCAAUGCAGUAAGCGUUUUUAGGUUUGUAGGCAAUUAAUUAGGACCCCUACUUUCCUCCUCAAUCAUUCUUGAUUGAUAUUGUUCAUCUGAUCUUUGUGGGAUUUCCUUUGGUGAGCUGAAGGAGAAAGUUCUUGAUAUUUUUGGGAAUAUGAAGCUUUUGGUUCGUGUGAUUGAAGCUAGAAAUUUACCUCCUCUGGAUGCCAAUGGACUCUGUGAUCCAUACGUAAAGUUACAGUUAGGAAAGCAGAAGUUCAAGAGCAAAGUUAUCAAAAAGUGUUUGUAUCCAUCAUGGUGCGAGGAGUUCACUUUCAAAGUCGAGGAUUUGAAAGAAGAGCUUAUUGUGACUGUUUUGGAUGAAGAUAAGUACUUCAAUGAUGACUUUGUUGGGCAGAUCAAGCUGCCCGUCGGUCAAGUUUUCGAAGCCAGAGACAGCUCUCUUGGCACUUCUUGGUACACCUUGCAGCCCAAAAAUAAGAAGGCCAAGAACAAGGACUGUGGUGAAAUUCUUCUAACUAUAUGUUUCACUCAAACUAACGCAUUGUUGGAUCUGCCCUCCGCUGGUGAUCCUGUAUCAUUUCCACAAAGGCAUGGUGAUACAGCAUCAGAGGUAUCUUCAAGGGCUUCUCCUACAAGAUCAGAGGAAGCUGCUACUUCUAAGGAGGAAAAAUUGAAUGCACAUACUUUAGCUAGUCGAAUUGCUAAAAUUUUUAAUAAGAAUGCGGAUUCACCAUCUUCAAGUUCAGCUGAAGCUCCUGAUGAACAGGAUUCGCAGGAAGGUGUGGAUUCGGUAGUUCCACAUCAUAAUUCUCAAGAGCAGGAAGCUUCAUCAGUUGAUUUCGAAGAAUUGGUGAAAAAUAUGGAGAUGAGAGAUCAAGGUGGUGAUGCUCCAAGUAGUUUAUCUGGUGGCGUAGUACUCGAUCAACUGUAUGCUAUAACGCCGCAGGAAUUGAACUCAAUGCUCUUCUCUUCUGAUUCAAACUUUGCGAAGUCUUUGUCAGACAUGCAGGGCUCGACAGAUUUACAAAUAGGACCCUGGAGAAGUGAAAAUAAUGGCGAAAGCUUGAAAAGAAUGAUUUCUUAUACCAAAGCUGCAAGUAAAUUAGUUAAAGCUUUGAAAGCAAUGGAGGAGCAAAUAUAUUUGAAAGCCGAUGGCAAGAACUUUGCUGUAUUAUCCAGUGUGAGCACUCCGGAUGCUCCGUAUGGGAAAACUUUUAAGUCGGAAGUGCUUUACUGCAUUACUCCAGGCCCCGAGCAGCCAUCAGGAGAGCUGUCUUCCCGACUAGAAGUUUCCUGGCGAAUUAACUUUCUGCAGAGUACUAUGAUGAAGGGUAUGAUUGAAGGUGGAGCAAGACAGGGUAUAAAGGAAAGCUUCGAGCAUUAUGAAAAGUUACUUUCUCAGAAGGUGAAGCCACUUGAUCUUAAAGACGCCGGUUCUGAGAGAGAUCAUCUUUUAGCCUCUCUUCACGGCGAGCAACAAUCUGAUUGGAGAUUGGCUGUUCAGUAUUUAGCUAAUUGUACAGUAGUUUCUACCAUCUUAAUGGCAUUAUACGUACUCAUCCACAUAUGGCUUUCCACGCCUAGUAAAAUUCAGGGUCUUGAGUUUAAUGGUUUGGAUUUGCCUGAUUCGAUUGGUGAAUUGAUUGUCUCGGGGGUGUUGGCGCUGCAAGGGAAACGCGCUCUGGAGAUUGUAUCUCGAUUUAUGCAGGCAAGAGGGCAGAAAGGCACUGAUCAUGGAAUCAAAGCAAGAGGGGAUGGCUGGUUGCUCACAGUUGCCUUGAUCGAAGGAAGUAGUUUGGCAGCUGUCGAUCCGAGCGGUUUCUCUGAUCCUUAUGUGGUGUUCACUUGCAAUGGGCAAACUAGAGCAAGUUCUAUCAAGUUUCAGAAUUCUGAUCCUCGUUGGAAUGAAAUUUUUGAAUUUGAUGCAAUGGACGAACCUCCAUCUGUGCUGGAUGUGGAAGUCUUCGAUUUUGAAGGUCCUUUUGAUGAAGCCACAUCUCUUGGCCGUGCUGAAAUAAAUUUCUUAAAAUCUAAUAUUUCGAACCUGUCGGAUGUUUGGAUUCCUCUACAAGGAAAGCUGGCUCAGGCAUGCCAAUCUAAGUUACAUUUGAGAAUUUUCUUGAACAAUAAUAAAGGUUGCAAUGUCGUUAAAGACUACAUAACUAAGAUGGAGAAGGAGGUUGGGAAGAAGCAGAUAAAGAUGCGAUCUCCUCAAACAAACUCGACUUUCCAGAAGCUUUUUGGGCUGCCCCCGGAGGAGUUUCUCAUCAAUGACUUUGCUUGUCACUUGAAAAGGAAGAUGCCUCUCCAGGGGCGCAUGUUCCUCUCGGCAAGAAUACUUGGAUUUCAUGCAGAUUUAUUUGGGCACAAAACAAAGUUUUUCUUUCUCUGGGAAGACGUAGAAGACAUUCGAGUCAUACCUCCUACUCUAUCAUCAAUGGGCAGUCCAAUCAUCAUCAUCACACUAUGGCCAGGAAGAGGAUUAGAUGCUCGCCAUGGAGCGAAGAGGCAGGACGAACAAGGCCGUCUGAAGUAUAAUUUUCAAUCGUUCGUGUCUUUUAACAAGGCAUACAAAACGAUAAUGGCUCUGUGGAAGGCGAGAGCCUUGACUCCCGAGCAAAAGGUACAAAUGAUCGAGGAAGAAUCUGAGGCCACCGGGGAUCCAGUUUCAGAGGAGGAUCUCGUGGCUAAGACUAGCAACAGACACGAAUAUGAGUCUGAAGCCAAAAGCUCCGAGGAAGGUGCCUCAUUCCUCGAACUCGAAGAUGUUAACAUGUCUGUUGUUUACGCCUCUAUCCUCUCUGUUCCAACGAGUUUCUUCAUGGAGUUGUUCCGAGGGAGUGAAAUAGACCGUAGGGUUAUGGAGCGUGCCGGAUGCCUCGACUACUCCCAUAGCCCCUGGGAAGAAUCCGAAAAGCCGGAAGUAUAUCAGAGGCAACUUUAUUACAAGUUCGACAAGAGCAUCUCGCGCUAUGCAGGAGAAGUGACCAGCACUCAGCAGAAGUCGCGUCUCCCGGGCAGAAAUGGUUGGCUCGUAGAAGAGGUCAUGACUCUCCAUGGGAUCCCUCUCGGCGAAUAUUUCACGCUUCAUUUAAGAUAUCAAGCUGAGGAUCUUCCGGCAAGAUCGGUCGGGUGCAGCAUUCAAGUGUUGUUCGGGAUUUCAUGGUUAAAGAACUCGCGGCAACGCAAGCGGAUCGGGAAGAACAUCGUGAAGAACCUGCAGGCGCGCCUCAAAGUAAUGUGCGGCGUUUUGGAGAAGGAAUACGUUUCAGGGGCGUAGCAGCGUAGGCUGCUGCUGUUAUUGUCGUUGUGCUUGUUUUUUUGUACAAAUCUCUUACCUCCAUUGAUCUUCCUUCUUGUAUGAUUGCUGUUGUGUGUACCUCUCUACUCUUGUAGUACUACUACUACUGUAAAACAUUCUUUUAUUGCAAAAAUUUUGACAUCAAUUGACCAAGAAGGCCUUCUGGAAAUGAAUUGAUUGUAGU